AUGUUGAGCAAUGGAGGAUCACGACUUGCGUCGUGUGUCAAGAUUAUUGAUUUGUCUGGUAAUGACUUAUGUGGAGACCCGGAAGUCCUGAUAAUGUUGUCAUAUUUGCCAAACCUUAUCUCUCUAGAUUUGUCAAACAGUUAUGGUGCCAAACAAGGACCCAAAAGUGUACGAAAUUUUCAGGUAUGCCAAAAAUCAAAUAUCACUCUUGGAAUCACAUUACCUGAGAAAUUGGUAAAUUUACGUUUCAGCCCCAAGAACGUAGGCACUGCGCUGAGGAAGCUGAUUUUGUCAAAUAACAGAUUUUCGACUGUCCCAAUUGAUGUAACAACAGUGCCUCAUCUAUGUCAGCUUGACCUCAGUUUUAACUCACUGACUGUUCUAUCAUCAACUGAAAUGAAACAACUUGAUGACCUGGCAACCCAAAAUAACUUCUCCCUGAAUCUUGAUGGGAACCUUCUUACCUGUGGCUGUAAGACGCUAGACUUUAUAAUGUGGUUGUUCAAAUCAAAGGUUCAACUACAAAAAAGAAACCACCAAUGUGUAAGGGACGACGGAUCUGUGGUGAACACCACCUACAUCUUUGAGCACCACGAUGAAGAAUGGCGACGGUGCUCUGGAACGUUCUGGUUGUAUAUAAGCAUAAUACUUGCAGUCAUAUUUCUGUUAGCAAUGGGUAUAGUAUCAAUGAUAAAUCAAAGAAAAACUCUACUCGUCAAUAUAAUUCUUCGGAUGUUCGGUUUCAAGACAGUGAAGAAGGCCUUGACAAGAAAUGAUUUUCCCAAUGAUGCGUACAUCGGAUACAGUGAUAGCGAUUACCAAUAUAUUUGUCACACAGUCAGAGCUCACCUAGAAGAUCAGAGCGGGCUUAAGCUAUUCCUCAAGCACAGAGACACCAUCCCUGGAGGACAAAUUGCUGACGACAUCAUCGACGGAAUAGAUUCCAGUUGGAAAAUGGUCCUCAUUAUCACUAGUCCUUUCUUAGAGGAUCAGUGGUGCCGCUUCAUUGUCAACCGUGUUGUGUAUUCGUCUUCUAGAAUGCCCGCAGGGAGCAUUGUUCUGGUGUUGUUUGAGGACGUGAGACGAGGGGACAUCCCUCCCACCUUACUGAACGUUGUGGAGGAGAGAUACAUCUUCAGUGUGGGUAGAUACAGGGGCGAUGAAGGCAGGCUGUGGGUGGAGGUCAGCCAAUGCCUCAAGACUUGAGAUGUUUGAUUUAACACCUUUGUAAACAUGUCAAC